AUGAUGGUAGAUAUUUUUCUAGAAGAAAAUGAAGAAUCAUCUCCUUCUUCGCUAGUGCUCCAAAAUGGAGAUGUUUUGCUUACAGAACAGGCCCGAGAAAUGUUUUCAUUAUGCGAUCAUAACGGGAAGGGAUUUGUGGUAAAAAUGGAUUUGGCUCGUAUUAAUGGAAUGAUACCAAGUAUAUCACAGCGACAACUGGAACUGUUUUUUGACAAUGCAGAUAUUUUUAAAACCAAUUACAUUACUGAAAAUCAGUUCAUUAAUAACAUCAAACCCAUGCUUCUGCGAACUGCCUUCAGUGAUUCGCAGUUAAUAAAAACAAAGAUAUGUUUUUCAUUUCCUCAGUAUAUAAAUUAA